AUGUCAAAGGAUUUACUAAAAUUACAAGAACAUUCACCUAAAGUUCUUCUGAGAAAUGAUCCACCACAGGUCACAAAUAGGACAUUCUUCAUUGACGCUUCUAAUCAAAGCCUGACUGCCAUUCCACUGGAGAUCUUGGCAUUAAAGGAAUUAGAAGAAGUGCAUUUGGAAAAUAACCAGAUUGAAGCAAUACCCGAGGACAUUCAGCAAUUAAAGAAUGUCAGGAUCCUCUACCUGAAUAAGAACAAACUGCACGACCUGUGCCUGGAGCUGGGGACGCUGAGCAACCUGGAGGGCCUGGACCUCAGUUACAACCCCCUCCUCUCCUCUUCCCUCCCAGUCAUCAGCAGCCUCCGUUCCCUGCGGGAGCUCCGGCUCUACCAGACUGACCUGAGGGAGAUUCCCAUCCUGAUCUGCAAAAGCCUUCGCCAUCUGGAACUGCUGGGACUGGCUGGAAAUCACCUGGAAUCGCUACCGAAGGAAAUAGUGAACCAGACCAAACUAAGGGAAAUCUACCUGAGGAAAAACCAGUUCAAGGAGUUCCCGCAGGAACUCUGUGUCCUCUACGACCUGGAGAUCAUCGACCUGGAUGAGAACAAACUAAAUGCCAUCCCAGAGGAAAUCGGGAAUCUGACGAGGUUGCAGAAGUUCUAUGUGGCUUAUAACAACCUGACCUUUUUGCCCGAGUCUCUGGGCCAGUGUAGGAAAAUAUCAGUGCUCGAUUUAUCGCACAACCUCCUCCAUUCCCUCCCGCGUACCUUUAGUGAGCUCCUGGAGAUGACGGAAAUGGGGCUGAGUGGGAACCGCCUCGAGAAGGUGCCGCGCCUUAUCUGCAAGUGGACCUCGCUGCACCUGCUCUACCUGCGCGACACCGGCCUGUGCGCGCUGCGGCGCUCCUUUAAGCGGCUGGACAACUUGCGCUUCCUGGAUCUCAGCCAGAACCACCUCGACCACUUUCCGAAGCUGAUCUGUGGGCUGAAGAAUCUGGAAAUCCUGGCGAUGGAUGAUAAUCAAAUAGGGAAGUUGCCUUCGGAGUUGGGCUUACUUUCGAAACUGAAGAUACUUGGACUAUCAGGAAAUGAGUUCUCUUCCUUCCCAGAGGAAAUCUUUUCUUUGGUGUCUCUAGAGAAGUUAUACAUGGGGCAAGACCAGGGAUCCAAGCUUACCCAAGUGCCAGAACACAUUGGGAAAUUACAGAGUCUUAAAGAAUUGUAUGUAGAGAACAAUCAUCUGGAGUUCCUGCCCAUAUCCUUGGGAACAAUGCCUAACCUGGAAGUUCUUGAUUGUCGGCACAAUUUGCUUAAGCAACUCCCAAAUGCCAUUUGCCAAGCACAAGGCUUGAAAGAGUUGCUGCUAGAGGACAACUUGCUCACCCAUCUCCCAGAGAAUUUGGACCGCCUGGUGAACCUUAAGGUUCUUACACUGAUGGACAACCCCAUGGAAGAUCCCCCCGAAGAAGUGUGUGCUCAAGGAAAUGAGGCCAUAUGGAACCACCUUAAGGAAAACAGAAGAAAGAAAAUAAUGGUCAUAAAGAUCCAGGCAUGGUGGCGUGGGACCAUGGUACGGAAAGGAUUUGGGAAAUAUGAAGAACUAAUCAAGGCACGAAAGAAAGGAAAGACGUCUCCAAAAGAUAAGAAAGGAAAGAAGGUGGAAAAAGGAAAACCCGUAAAGGAAAAAAAGAAAUAA